UGGCAAAUCGAACAUGUGAGGACCAAGUAUUUCCAGAGCAACACCUCAUAAUGCCUCAGCAAACCCAGAUGAGUACAGGAUGAACAUAUGCUGAUCUGCCUCACCUCCUAAAAAACAGCUGAAGCUUAAUGAGCUUGAUUAGUCUGACCAUUGAAAGGCAGAAACUGGUUUUAAAAGUGUUAUCUUCAGUGACUUGCGUGGAGACACUCAAUGCAUGAGGACGAGCGCUGAAGUGGAGGGUGAGUACUUCCUGAUCAGGUACCACUCACAUCCAUUCUGUGCAGGAACUGAUGAAGAUUUGCACUGGGUGAUACAGUGCACUGAGUAUUUUCGUGCCUCAAUACCAAGUCUGAGAUUUGGUUCUAGCAAGCCACCAGUCAUUCAGAUAUGUAAUUCUUCUUUUCAAAUAGCCUUAGUUUGCAAAUCAAGAGGAAGUCUUGCAGACUAAGUUUCUGGUGAGGCUUUCACCUUUUGCUGACAGUUGCUGGCCUUAGAUACCCGGAAUAGUUCUCCUCUUCUGCAGAAAUGAGGAAGUGCUAAUACUUGCAGGGAUUAGCAAGAUUAACUCUUUGGGUUUGGUUUUGUUUCCCCCCCUCUUUCCCCCCAUAAUAGUGCAGAAGAAUAGCUUAAGUGGGAUCACCAUUCUGCCUGUCUUAGCCAGCUCAUCACCACCCAACUCUGAGCAAUCUGCAGCAGUUUCACUUGCGGAUAUGCUCCCAUGAACUUCCCUGGAUUCUCACUCUCUCCCUGUGCAACAUGAUUCAUUCUAGUUCACAUGCUGGUUCAGCAAAUCUUUUUAACAACCUAAUCCUGCAGCCCUUGAAAUGAAUAGCAAAGCACCUCCUGACUUGCAUGAGGAACAAUGUCUUCGUUUGGUUUGCUAUAAUUGUUAUUUUGAGAUGAGCUGACUAACCCAGGAUGACCUCAGGAGAGCUCUGUCUAUUCAGUAGCCCGAACUUCACACGGAUAGGGCUCUGCAAGCUAUGCUGUGCCACGUUGCUCACGCCCCAGACCAGCCCUGUCAGCAGCUCCGAUAGUUACAAAACCGGGAACUUCCCUGUGAAAAUGAAAUGGUGCAGAUAACGGCAACUUUUUGGAGAGUCAAUAAAAGUCACGGCCGGGUCAUGACAGCUCCGUGGCUACAGUCGUGGCUACAGUCAUGGCUACAGUCAACCCAAAUCCUCGGACCAGGCUGCCGGCAGAGGAAGAGCUGGGCCGGUACCCGGCUGCCUGGCUGGAGCGGGGCUGCCCGGUCCCGGUGGAACCCAGCGGCCUCCAGGGCAGCAGGUACCGGAGCAGAGCCCGCCCGCCCGGCGCUCACCCAGAGCACAGGAAGAGGCGCUGGGGAAACCGAAACUCAGCGGCCGCUCGGCUCCGCUGCGCCCCGCCCCGCGCCGGGCCAUGGCUGCCGCGGUGCCCCUAGGGCGGCUGCUGGGCGCGGUGGAGCUGAGCUGCGCCUGCUGCCUGCAGCACUUCGCGAAGCCGGUGCGGCUCCCGGGCUGCGGCCACAGCUUCUGCCAGCGCUGCAUCCUCCAGUACUGCAAGGGGAGGCAGCGCGCCGCCUGCCCGCUCUGCCGGGAGGACUUCGAGCGGAAGGACCUGCGGCCCAACCGGGAGCUGGCCGCUUUGGUGAACCUCAUCCGGCAGGAGGUAAAGGAAGAGUUGGAAGCACAGGAUGACCCGAACCCCUCCGCAGCUGUUGCCUGCAACGACCAGAGCUCGGCGGGACGGCGACAUGGGGACAAGGAGGAAGAGAUACAGGACAUCUCGAAGGAACUGGAGGUGACUAUAGAGACCAUCCAUCUCUUGAGGGAAGAGCUCAGUAAAACAAAGGAAUAUACGUCUCAGAUCAAAAGCCAGAUUACAAGAGAUUUCAGUUGCAUGAAGGAAUAUGUUGAAAGACAGGAAAGAAACACACUGAUGUUCAUUGAACAAGAGCAAAAAGCAGCUCAACAAAAAAUUGAAGAGACUAUUGACCAGCUCUGCAUUGAAGUGAAUAGGCUCACAGACAUCACAGCCCAAACAAGCACCCUGCCUGAGAAACAUAGGUACAAAGACUUGUCUUCAACAAUGGAUAAAAUUACAUUUGAUGAGAAACUUAAUGUUGUCAAAAGUGCUGUAGAAUUUCUUAAGAGAAAGUUGGAAAUUUUGCUUUUGGAGAAAUACCCUGAGCAGUUCCCACCAGUGCAACCUCCAGACUUAUGUCAGGAGACAACUGAGUGCUCCUUAUCUCCAGAGUCUGCAGCUAAAAAUCCAGAACCAGUGAAUUCAAGCCGUUUUUCCCAAUGGGCAGAUGAUGUGACUUUUGAUCUCACAAGAGCCUAUGAGCGCUUAGCAAUCACAGCCCAGAACAGGAAAGUCAUGGUUUCCAGCCACCCGACUGACUAUGGACCAUCGCCCAACAGAUUCUGCAUCAGCCAAGUGAUGUGUUCGCAGAGCUUCUCUAUUGGGUGCCACUACUGGGAAGUAGUUACCAAGGACAGUGAUGGAUGGGCUGUUGGAGUUGCUCAUAAAAUGAUUGGUAAAAGGGAAAAAUUAGGAAGAACAGAGCAUUCCUGGUGUGUGGAAUGGCUAGGCCCCAAAAAGCAGCUGUCAGCGUGGCACAGGGAUCAAGAAACAUUAUUAGACAAAGAUAAACCACUGAAGGUUGGAGUUUUCCUGGAGCUACAGAAGAAGACCGUGUCAUUUUAUUCCAUCACUGACAAAGAAAUGCUUUUGCAUACUUUUGAAAUCAGUACCUCAAAUCCUCUUUACCCUGCUUUCUGGAUAUAUGGCUUAGAAAGAAAUGGAUCUUUAACUAUAAGUCACACAAACGGGACAUAAAAACCUGUUCAGAAAAGUGACAGUUUUGCCUCUAAGUGCAGAGCUUCUCUAUAGGCUUCAGUGUUUAGCACAGGAAUUUACCAAGGAGUGUGUAGCCACCAAGGCUUUCCUGGGAAUUAGUAACUGAUCUGUUCUCUGCUCUGUUCUUCAUGCUGUGCUCAGAUCUAGCCAUACUUCAUCAAAGCAAUUCCAGUGUAUGCUAAAAGUAGUAAUCAUGCCUGUGGGAGCAAAGUGGAUCUCUUAAGCAGCUCUAAGUACUCUCAGGAUAUUUCUAGGAAGGAAUGCACCAAGGAAGCUCUGAGGCUGAGGAUAAGCCCUUCCCAUGGUCUUUGUUUUCCUACAUUGAUCCAAAUAAAUUACAGGAGAACAGAUGAUGCUAUGACAUUCUGUCAAGUGAGCUUUCUUUAGAAAGAUCUGAUUGAGUAAGGAAUGCUGAAAGGAAAGAAUGUCAGUGAUCUCAUGCAUGAAAAUCUUUCUCUUUAGGGUAGGCACUAAACUACAGGAAACAGGCUUUGUAUUUGAGGACCUGACGUUUCAGAGAGGUGUCCCAGAAGAACCUUGUCGACCAGCAUCUUUUUUUAGCCCUGCUCAGGCCAAAGUGUUGUCAGUCCUGGUGGUGGUGUGAGCACGGGAAUGGUCACACCACCAUUGAAGCAGAUGUUUUCAAAUGUGUUUGUACCAGCUAAUCAUGCCGUCAUGUUACUGCACUUUUACAGAGCCAGCGAACAGGAGUGUGUCAUGGAAAGGACAAUCUUUUCUUGCCAGGGAGCCUGAGGAAACAAGAGGUUCUAUGAGUUUCCUUGCCAGCAUACAGCAAUGUUUCUGCCCUGGUCUGUCACACCUUUCUAGGUGUAGGGACAUCCUGCAAAACCUCCUGACAGCUGAACUUCUGCGAGUUCCACUGCUUCAUGCAGGCAAACUGAUGACAGUUCCCAGGAAGCAAAAGCUUUUUCAGGAAAAAAUUCAGCAUUCCAGGAUGAACGAAAUAAGGAUUUUAAUGUGAAUAAAGCAUGUUGGAAUUCAGCUAGCUCAUUUAGCCAAAUGGCUUUUUAAGUCAUUGACAAAACUGCUGGUCAUCUUCAAGGUUAUUCUCCUUUGCUGUCCCUGAACACUCUGAAAGC